AUAUCUAAUGAGCUACUGAUGCCAGAAGUCCGAAUCUGUGAAUAUCUUUCCAACUUUACUGAACUGUGGCCCUGAGGAGCCGUGGUGGACGCCCUGUAUUUUCAUUUCUGAAAGGUAGCAACCCUAAGUAGGACUGAGGACAGACAGGCAGCAGAAAUGAAAUGUAGAAAUGUUCAAAUCAAAGCUGAAAGAAUAGAACCACGCUUUAUGACUUCCUGCAAACAGGAUCUCCAGCAGGACUCUGAUCCAGAAAGCAGGUUUACAGUGAAAACUCUGAGUUUGUUGCUCUGAGGUGAAGGAAAGUCCAAUUACCAUGGUAACAGACUCUGUCUCUGACUCCUGCUGAGCCUGAAGGAUCUGUCUGACUCACUGUUUCUACUGUCAGUGAAACAUUUCUAUCAGAAGUUCAUCCUCACCACUUUCUACAUCCACACUCAUUCAUUUCUCAUCUCUGGUUUUCUUCUUCACUCUCCACAGUCGUCGUGUUUCUGAUGUGAACAGAAAGCAGUUUUAAUAAAGGAUGUAGAUGUGGUUGAUGUGAACAUGAGGGAGAAUCACAUUAAAGGUCAGAUCAGACUUUACUGUUCCUGUGGGGAGACGUUCUCAUGUUUGUGUUCUGCUCUGGAUGUUUCCUCCACAGAUGAAGGUAGAACGUCUCUGGAGCUGAUGUGGAUUCAGCAGCAUCAAAGUAAGAUGAUUGGAGCAGCUGCUACUGCAGCCUCUGAUGGAUAUGGUGGACUUGGAGAAACAUGUCGGAUGUUGAAGAGCUUUUCAGUUUUUAGGUGGAGUGUUGAGGUGAAGCAGCUGUCAUAAAGCUGGACAGGUUUCCUCCAAUCAGAGCUGAGUGUGUUUGUCAUGUGACUGAGAGGAAGGAGGAGAACUGAUGUGUGACUCUCUCAGCAGGUUGUUGUGUUUGUCUGCUAUGGAUCAGUGUGAGGACAGAGAGGAGGAAGUCCCUCCCUCUAAAAGAUCUCUGUGUGGAGAAGAUGAGAACCAGAGCAAAACUCAGAGCCCAAAGCAGCAGAAUACACAGUCUGCUGGACCUGGCCCUGGCCCUGGCCCUGGCCCUGGACCUGGACCUGGACCUGGACCUGGACCUGGACCUGGCUCAGGGCCUGGGCCUGGAUCCAGCUGUGUGUCCAUGAAGAGUGACCGGUCAAAGGAGUCUCCUCCUUGUUUCAGACGAUCUGCAGAUGGAAGGAUCCAGCAGCAGAGACCAGACUGUCCUGAACCCAGCUGUCUGUCCUUCAAGAGCGACCAGUCAAAGGAGGAAUUCAUGGAAUUUAAAGAUCCAUCUGCUGAUCAGAUGUAA